GAAGGACAGACGGAAUUAGGCUACCUCAUUAAAGCAAAAAUGCUGCUGUCAAGGGUUAUAACGCGAGCUACAAAUUCAUGAAUUCUAAUCAAUGCCGGGGAAUAUAAAAACCGUGGUCAGUGGACUUUUCGCGCUUAAUUCUGCGCCAGCGGUGGAGCAGCAACUAACCCGACAGACCCUCGCGAGCUAAAGGAUACGGGGCAGAGCACACUUAAAUAUAUUAACAUGGAGGCGUCAAAAAGUGCCAGUUUGCCGGCAGUUGUGCAGAUAUCGGGGGUCUACACGGAUCCCUGGUAUAUGAUAACAAUACUGAUCCUCUACCUUUACUUCGUCACCAAGGCGGGUCCCCAAUUCAUGGAGCUCCGCAAGGCCUACGAGCUGAAGCGGCUGAUCCUCGCGCAUAACCUGAUCCAGGUGGUGUCCUGCGUCUACGUCAUCAAGGAGGUCUUCUUUAUCACGGACAACACCAUACUGUACUUCUGGAAGUGCCGCGAUAUCGGAAGCAGUCCUGAGCAUGUGCGCCGCUACUACAGCCUGGCCUACUUCCUUUUCUGGCUGAAGCUCUCGGAGCUCCUGGAAACCGUAAUUUUCGUGCUGCGCAAAAAGCAAAAGCAGGUGUCCAAGCUUCACAUCUUUCACCAUUUAUCCACGGUGACGCUGGUAUACUUGCUUAUUAACCACAACGAGAAUGGCGACGCCGCUUAUUUCAGCGUGUUUCUUAACUCGAUCGUCCACGUCUUCAUGUACUCCUACUACUUCUUGGCCGCCGUAGCCGACAAAAAGAUAGUGCAGGCCCUGUGGCCUGUCAAGAAGAGCAUCACGGUGAUGCAAAUGACGCAGUUUGCUUUAAUCCUGGUCCAGGUGGCCUGUCAGAUCGUGCUCUGCGGCACGCCGCCCUUACAAAUCAUUUACUUCUCCGCCGUUAUUGUGGGCAUGUUUUACGGCUUCUUGGACUUCUACAAUAGUGCCUACCAGGGCUCGCAGCGCUGCAAGAAUCUGUCUCCUUCGCCCGAAGUGGGGAAAUGAUCCCACGCAAACAAAUCUCGCAAUAAAAGUGCACAACCAACAAGUGUGUGUAUCCAAAUGUACCUAGUGCAGAUAAGAUAAGGCCACAGCCGCGGCAAUGGGUUCUGGGGUUAGUCACUCG